GCUCCUCCAGCCUGCAGAUGGUAGCUGAUAUAUAGCAGCGCGAAGCAGCUGAUGCAACACUGGCUGGAGAAAACGCCGCAACAAGCAUCACGUCACAGAGAACCAAACAGGGAAAGUAGUAACGACUGCGCCUCGUUGAGUGGACUCGCCGGUAAGAAGGUACCAAUCAUGCCCGUCAUCAGAACCCUCGGCAAGGUAGCCAAGCAGGCCGUGCUCAGUAGCACAACGUGCAGCUGCCAGCCCUUGGCGGUGGCAGUGCGCAACAUCAGCUUCUCGCCUCGCCAGGUGACGUCCGACGCCAGCUUCCAUUCUGUGUCCUUCUCUGAGACAGACCAUCCCAAGGUGCUCAUCACAGGUGGCCUUGGACAGCUUGGCGUGGGGCUGGCCAAAUUGUUACGGAAACGAUUUGGAAAGAACAGCGUCAUUCUGUCUGAUAUCAGGAAGCCGUCGAGCAACGUAUUCCACAGUGGCCCGUUUAUCUACUCUGACAUUCUGGACUACAAGAACCUGCGUGAAAUCGUGGUGAACAACCGCAUCACCUGGCUGGUCCACUACAGCGCGCUCCUCAGUGCCGUCGGCGAGGCCAAUGUGGCCCUAGCGAGAUCCGUCAACAUCACCGGGCUUCACAACAUCCUGGACAUCGCCGCCGAGCACGGCCUUCGGCUCUUUGUCCCUAGCACCAUCGGCGCCUUUGGGCCCACUUCUCCUCGUGACCCCGCGCCUGACCUUUGCGUCCAGAGGCCACGCACCAUCUAUGGCGUCUCCAAAGUCCAUGCUGAGCUCAUGGGGGAGUACUACCACCACCGCUACGGCCUCGACUUCCGCUGUCUUCGCUACCCAGGAAUCAUCUCAGCUGACUCCAUGCCUGGUGGCGGUACAACAGACUACGCUGUCCAGAUUUUCCACGAUGCCAUCAAGACGGGGAAGUUUGAAUGCUUCCUAAGGCCCGACACGCGUCUGCCCAUGAUGUACAUAGACGACUGCUUGCGUGCUACGCUGGAAGUGAUGGAGGCACCAGUCGACACCCUGAGCAUGAGGACGUACAACAUCAAUGCCAUGAGCUUCUCACCCGAGGAGUUGGUGCAGGAGCUACGCAAGCACGUACCCGAGCUGGAGGUCACGUACAACGUGGACCCCGUCCGUCAAGCCAUUGCCGACUCUUGGCCGAUGAACUUCGAUGACUUCAACGCCAGGAGGGACUGGACCUGGAAGCACGACUACGACCUGCCUGAGCUCGUCCAGACGAUCCUCAACUACUUGAGCGCCGAAACGCGCAUGGCACGCGCUAACUAGGGUGGCGACAAUGGUGGCUCCUUGUUGUACAUAAUGUAAAGACUGACCAAAGAGGAUGGAGAAACAUGGCAUGUACAUAGUCGUUUUUUCUCUCUGUAAAUGCAAAGGGCUCGCCUGGCCGCCCAGCCUGCUGAAUGUUGAGGGGCGAGACAUCCUCCCCCUCCACGCACCCCAGUUUACAGUCCUGAAGACAAUGCGUUUUUUAGGUGGAGGGCUGGUUUUGAAACCAGUUUGGCGCCUUUCAUGCAAGUCAGUUUUUGCUGUAUCACCAAGUAUUGCCUCACUUCAAGUGUUCAAAGGCUAGAAAACAAAGUUUGUACUUCUAUUUACACGCAUAAAGCGCGUACCCUUUGAUGUACUUUAGUUAGGUUUCUAUCCUAAUUACUGACAAGUAAACACGUGUUGUGUGGGGGGGAUUUCUGACACAGGACAUUCGUAACAAGAUUCUUCUGUUUAUUCCAUGUAACGUUAUUUAUUCUUUCUAUUGGUGUCUAGUAAUUGCUUUUUCUCAGCGCCUAUUUUUCUAGUUAUUUUUGGUUCAUCAACACUGUGAUUACAAGGAUAAUAUUAUUAAAGUGUUGGGUUAGAAAGGUAAAUAUAUCCUGUUCUUUCGAUAAGACCAUUUGUGUUGACAAUAAACCACUUUGUUUCCACAUA